GAGGCAGUCUGUUGAUAUAUUGGUCACAAUAACAUCCAUGAAUAUCCACGCUCUAGCUGUCACGUAACGAAUGAACUCAACCAGCUGCGUCUUAUGUUAGAAAGGACGUGUGAUGGCGUAUUGAGCCCCACUUCGGUCUAUGCAGCAAUAGCCGUGAAUGAGAGAGGAAACACAGAUCUGCGGUGGAAAGCAAAAGGGUUCUGCAGAGCGUUAUAAAGCGGGCUGUUUGCUUUACCUGUGAUUAUUGUCGUCAUGUUAGACGACAAAGGUAGUCCCCUGGUCAAUAAUAACACGCAGAAGUCGAAUAGGAAUGUUACCGUUUUGAGGGACGCUGGAGUUUAUCUAAGUGCAGUAAGAAUGAGGUUGGAGGGUCUAGGAAAGAAGACACUGAGGAAAUUCACUUUCUUUGCAGGAUGUGCGUUCUUCAUCGCCGUUCCUUCUAUUCAUAUGGCCAUCCUUCACGGCCUGUACUACGAACAAAAGAAGGCCAUGCUAGACAGGGAGCACUGCACGUGUGCGUGCUGGGACACUAUUUUUAAAGGAAAUUAUGAAAAGCAUAUUGGAAGAUACAAGCACAUUUAUUUCAAUGUGACCACCAACACGUUUUUUGUUUGGGCGGGAACAGUGUUCUUGAUGCUUACAAUGUACGAAAGCAUGCGUAAGAUCUUCAAGUUAUGGGCCAAAAAGAGACUUCGUUUUUCCAUGUUUGUUCUCUUUGCAAUCUCAAUAUAUCCACACUACACAUGGUGGUGGAACACUUUCAAUUUUCUGAAUGACGACUUUUACAAGGAAUGCGUUUGGAUAUUUUACUUGGAAAUUACUCAGAUCGUCACCACUGUUAUAGUAUUUGACUGGUGCGAUGCAGACAAGCGCCCCGUUCCAAGAAAAAUGAUCACUUUGAUAUUUAUAUGCACAAUGCACAUAUUUGUUAACAAAUCGAUGUUACGUAUAUUCACUUCAGGGAUGUCUCUCAAGCAGUGGAUUGGUGGUCUAACGCCUGCCAUUCCUGAUAUAAUUUACAUUGCUACCGGAUUUACAAUGUUUAAGAAAUAUGCCCAUAGUCAGGGAAAAAGUACUCAGCGAUUAUUUCGACCGCUUUGACGUGGUGCAAGUUAUAACUUUUAUUACCUUCUCUGUCAUAGCUUGUGUCAGUUUGAAUCCGUAAAAAGGGCAGCGCAGUAUGAUAAUUCGCUAGUUUGUUCAAAUGUAUUGAUAAAAGGCAUAUGGGGCAAUAAUUCCUCAUAAAAAGUUAAAUGUUUCAUUGAUCUAACAUUAUAUGAUUGAAAUAAGCCAUGCGUGAAAACACUGAUAUUUCAUUGAUUGUAAACGAGCAAAGAGAGUGUUUAAUUUAAAACUGUUGCCAGAAAUUGGCAUUAACUUGAGAACGAAGAUUUUUGUCUACUUCGACUCAUAAUAAAUCACCAGUAGCAUAAUUAAAUGAAAUAUUGCACCAAUUUUAUCACAAGAAAAUCAAAGCUAAAAUUUUAGACCAAUACGUUAUAUAAAUGAACUAGUAAGUCAUAUGGUUUUAUCUUGUACUGAAGCAAACCAAAUUUUAAACCUCUUUUUAGAGUAAAACUGUUUCGAGAAACCGAUCCCAGCUGAAAUUGAUCGUUAUAUUGUAUUGAGUUUUGUUCGUGAACUGACAAAAAAGCACUAAAAUCGCCUGUAUUGGAGGACCCCAAAAAUUUCGCCCCGUAUACCUUUGAUAGCGCGUCGACUUAAGUGGUAGGGCAUAUCAAGCAUUUGCAUCUCUCACCCGCAUUUCCUACACGCGUUUAUCAUCACAACUUCAUCGCCUAGAUUUACCAAUUAUUUACCUACAGAGAAUCGCCUUAUUUCCGACAAAACACUUUUUAUUUAUAUGCAAGUCAAGGUGUGUAUUAGUUAGCUGUCCUGUGAACUUACGCUAUUUAGUUGGCAACACUAAGUUCUGUCGUUUUGAUGGCACCCUUCUAGUUAAUGUAUGUUAUGCUAGGGACUAAAGAGUAGUGUAGGAAUAUUAGCAUUCAAUGUUAUAUUUAAGAUAAAGACAUGAUGAUGAUUAUAAUUAUCUAGUUUAUGGUGACCGUCAGUUCAUUAUAUGUGCAAAAAUGCUCAAUUCCAAUAUAAACCUAAAUACUAUAGUAGGCCGCAAUGUGGCUAGAAAGAAGAUUCAAUAUACGUAAGGAGCGAUUACAUUGAAACGAUGAUCAUUCAGGGAAAAUAAAUCAAUAUUUGGUGA